AUGAUGGUCAGGCACUUGAUAUUGUUCCUUCUCGCUGCGUUGUUUCCACAAGCACUCGCAGAUGUGGAGUUUGUGAUUCCAAAAUCCGGUGCCGUCCUGCAAACCGGGGAUGUUCUUUUGGCCCAGUGGAGAGAAUCAGGCAGGCUUCCCCUGAUCUCUGACUUCCUACACUACGAUCUCUAUCUCUGCGCCGGCGGGGAGGUAGUGGGCACUUAUGUGGGGCUCCUGUCUCUACACAUGAUUUAUGAAGAUGUAGUUCUGCUGUCGAAAGGAAACGUCUUUGCGAGGGGUAACUCAAUAUCCUUCAUGCUCGACCCCAGCUUGAGGGAGACUGAUGCAAAUACAUACUUUCUAAAAAUGGUCUCUUGGGGCACGGGUGCCUCCGUCAUAAAUUUUUCUGAGCAGUUCACGAUAAGUAAUAUGACCGGCCCUGUCUCAGCAUCCGUCUUGCACAGCUUGCCUCCCACAAAUAACGACUCCGCACUUUCGGAUUAUGAAAUGUCCAGACAUCAUGAACUACGAAAGAGACAAGUAGAAGAGGCUCUUACAGUCCCAUAUCAAUUGCAGACCGGGCCUACCAGAUAUGCGCCAAUGGCUAAGAAGCCUGCAAGCACAAUUCCAGCCAAAUUGCCGACUCCCCAAUUUCCGGCAAGCGCAUAUACCAUCGCCACAACCUAUCUCCCCCCAGCAACCGUCCAGGUCACCCUCUCCGCCUCUGUGACAUACUCCGUGGCCAGUAUUGAGAAUACUGCCUCUCCCGCACCACAUUUGCACGACGCACAGAUGAGGCGAUUCUUAGAAAGAUGGAAAGACUAA